UGGAGCCUGCUUGCUUGGUUGCUGGGAUUUGCAGCACACCGACUUCUGGAUGUGGCUGGUUGGCUUUCUCCGGCUGGGAUGAAGGACUUGAGCAGAAACUCAUCGUUGCCUUCUUCCCUGGAUGAACACCGAACAAGUCCCAGGAUCCCUGCCAUCCUCUGGGAUACUAAAGACACUUCAGCACAAAAACCCUGUAUUACCUGCUACUGAGAGCCAGGCUGGAGGCAGAUGCUGAAUACACAAAGAGCGUGUAAAGAUUCCUUCAGCCUCAUCUUUGAUUCUGUCACCAGUGCUAGGCACCUGGUCCUAAGCAUCCAUGACCAUGGAGGAGCUCCCUAAGGUCCUGGAAGUCGAUGAGAAGUCCCCAGAAUCCAAGGACCUGCUGCCUAGCCAGACUGCCAGCUCCUUGUGCAUCAGCUCCAGAAGUGAGUCUGUCUGGACCACCACUCCCAGGAGCAACUGGGAGAUCUAUCGCAAGCCCAUCGUCAUCAUGUCUGUGGGCAGCGCCAUCCUGCUGUUCGGCGUGGUCAUCACCUGCUUGGCCUAUCUCCUCAGAAUGAAUAAAAAAACCAUUUCAGUCCUCAAGAUGACAGGGCCUGCUUUCCUGUCCUUGGGACUGAUGACGGUAGUGUGCGGGCUGGUGUGGGUGCCCAUCAUCAAAAAGAAGCAGAAGCAGAGGCAGAAGUCAAAUUUCUUUCAGAGCCUCAAGUUCUUCCUCCUGAAUCGCUGAUGGUGGCUUGACCAGGAGGAGAUAUGAUGACCAACAUCCAGCAUCUCCACCUCCUCCAUGAGGUGCCACAAAACUAGUGCAAGCAAACUCUCUUCUUGGCCCAUGCACCCUGGGAGUGUUGCUGACUGAAUCUCACUGGGUUUCUGUCCCACUGAGGGUUCCUUUAGAUCCUUCUGUUGCUCUCAUCCUGUGCUCCUGUGUCCAAUCAUCAUUCAUAGAACUCUCAGCCAAGUUCAGUGGAUGCUGGGAAACUCCCUGAAGGGUGAACUAUGCUCCAAGGAGAACCUUAUGUUUGUACAUCCGAGUGUUUGAAAUGGAUUCCACAUUUACAUCUUUCCGAAACCAAAGCUGACCAGUGGAAGUUCUUUACAGAGAGGGAAGGCUGAGCUCUGACCCAAUAGGUUGGACAGCCCCACCUCCCUUAGCCAGUGAGAUAAUGACUUACAUUUCAAGAGACUACAGUGUCACAAGUAUCAAAAUUUACAAGUAUCAAACAUUCCAAAAACUGAACAAUGAAGGGAGGUUGGGGAAAGCACUGUCUAAGAUGGCACAUCUCCCUGGCAUGACCCUGGGAGUCACCCAGCUGAGGAAGCUUCAUUCUCGAUUAUGUAGUAUCUAUAGCAGAGGCCAGGGGUGGGCUAGGGGCUGGGGGUUCAUGCUUUCCCUUUGACUUACAAACCCCCUUCUGACUGACUGCUUUUACCUAGGCAAUUAGCGAAGGACAAAUGCAUGUAGUCCCAGCUUCCUCCUUCCAUCUAUCCUUAACUACCCCUAUUUCUAGAGCAGCAAGAUGGAAAGCUACAAAGGGAUUCUGUAUGAUUGUUCUCCCCUUCGUUUCCAUCAACACCCAAAUCGAGAAGAUCAAUUCCCAUAUCCAAAUGGGUUGAAGGUUUUUAAUAACCGGAUUCAUUUUUUAAAUUCUUCUGUUACUCCUGCCCUUGCCCACCAAACAAACAAAUAUCUGUGAAUUUCCCUGCUCUUGUCCAGGUCCUGGGGUGGCAGCAGGCCAGACACAAUCCCUUUUCUCAUCACUCUUCCGAAAGUGAGACACAGCCAAACCGAAUGGCAACUAGAAAGUCCUGUGCUGAGUUAUUGUGGUGGUUGUGGGAACAUAGGUGUCUAAUUCAAACUUGGAAGGGGACAAAGAGUUUCUGGGAGGCCAUGUCAACCAAAUUGAGGAUGAAAGGAAAGGUCAGAUUUAGCAAAGAGGGGAAAGGAAACAUCAGAGACAGCAAGAACUGCUUUGCAUACAAGGAAGCUCAGGGGGAAGAAAGCACAUGAUAAAAUUAGGAAUUGUCAUGACAUCUUCUCUAAACUCCCAGAUGUUCCACUUCAUCCCCUCUUGGCCUGCUUCACACCUGUUUCCCCAGGUGCCUUAUCUGCAGUUUAUCCUGGGGCAUUCACGGACCUCCUUGGAGGCUGAUGUAGGGUCCUCAGAGGGCCCGCCAAGCAGAGUAUCCAUAAGGUAAGUGCUCCCAAAACGUCCUCUAGCAACUAAGAGGCUGUCAUGUGAGAGACAGGGAAAGAUUCCUGGGAAAGAGCUACCCAGGCUGCCCUAGACCAGGCCAGAGGCCCAGAGGAAAGGAUCUGAUGAUGAGGUGAGACACAAGAGCUGCAUUAGACUCACCCUUGGCUUGAGCUGACUCCUUUUACUUCUCAGCCUUUCUAGGCCUCUCCAUGCAGGGCACUCUCUCUCCAAGAGACUUCCAGAAAUCUCCAUUCCUCAUAACAGUUCCAUACGCAGAGUCAGAAUCCAUCCUGGUUUGCUGCAUUGUGAGAAAUUCCGUAGAGAGAAUACUUGUUUCUUGGGAUACUCCCUGCCUCCCUACCUAAGAAGCCAGAGCCUGGCAUGUUCAUAGCCUCUAAGAGCCACCUAGGAUGACAUAUCCAUCACUGAGAGACACAUCGGUGUGGCCAGGUACUCCAGCCUCCCAGUCCCCUAAACUAGGCAGAUCAGGAUCAAUCUUAGGGCUGUUGCAAGUGCUACAUCGCUAAUCAGAGCUCUAGUGACUCAAGCAGCAAGGCUCACAGAUCAUUUCCUUUCUUCCGAGGUGAGCACAGAUUAAAGAUCAGCCCUUUAAUGAUG